AUGUUUUUCUCUCUAAUCCGUCACUGUUAUCGCUCAUCUCCGACAGUUCGAGAGGAACCAUCAUCAUCGUCCACCGCGAUUGAUCCGCACGCGCUUACGACGGCGACGAUAACUAGGAGCUUGUAUCGUCACGCGGCGCUUUGUCCCGAGCGGAAGAGGAUCGACAGAACACGGCGGUGGAGACCGGCACUUUGUGCGAUCUCGGAAGAUACAUCCACCGUAUUCUUCGCCGGAGAGAGUGAUCGUCGAAGGAGUAGGACUAAUGUCUCGUUUGAAAAAUAUUUAACGAGAGAAACGACGUCGUUUGUCCGUAGGGAGACGACACUGAAGAGAGCCUGGUAG